AUGGAUGUUCGUAGCAAAUGGGACAGAGAUGACCUGAGCGAUGACUCUGAUACCGAUCUGCAUCCACAUGUUGAUGCACGAUCAUUGAUCUGGAAGCACCAGGACCGGACUCGCGACGCACGGCACGAACUAAAGGUCAAGAUUGGAGACCGCCGCUAUGAGAAAAUGGUCAGGGAGAAAGUUGUGAAUUGGCUGUCUCUUGUGGAGUCUGAUCUGGAAGCACAAUUUGACAAAACCAUGGGCUCGGAGGAGGCUAGCAACCGAGUGGCGUCGUCAAUAUCUGCCAACGUCCAUGACUAUGAGGGGACGAGACCCCGCCCCCGUGCGUCAAACGGCAAAUAUCUGUGCUCUUACACUGAUAUGUUCCGUGAUGCUGUCAACGCUGGGUUAGAGAAGGCCCAUGGCACAGCUAUAUAUCCCAAAUCAUGGAUGAGGAUUUAUAUUACUGAGCUCAGCGCCCAAAAACAAAACAUUCAACAACAGCUAGUGGGCGUCACAGCGCAGCUAGACCAGCUAGAAGAAGAAGACGCGGCAUACAGGAAAUGUGAAGGAUAUCAAAUCCAGUUUGGCAACUCCAUUAUAUUCAAAAAUGAUGCAGGCCCUUAUGCACCUUGGGAAUUUCAAAACACCCUCGCUCUGCCCGACGAGCAAGAUCUGAAGGCGGCCCAGCCAUCUCAGCUUGCGAGUCAGUUUGCCCAUAUUUAUCCAUCACACUACUGCUUCAGCUACGAGUUCAUAAAAGCGCAUCCCACGGUACUUCAUGCUUCAGAGGUUGACGGCCUGAUGGCUUACGCUUUCAACAUCGCUCGCUUCUUAGACGAUGACACGAGAGUGCAAGGGUACGUCCACCAAGCCUCAGUAUUGCAAUACUGUCUGGAACUCGGCACCAACGGCGCGGAAAUCUUCUUCCGGGCAAUGAGCAGACCGAAGAGUAAAGCCCAUGUUGGCUUCCAAAGAGAGGUUUUCGACAAGUUCAUGAGGCUGCUGGAACUUGCUGAUAUCAGCAGGGAGUACCUCGAGCGCAUUAACAUGAGAGUCAGAGUUCAAAUUCACAUGAAACCCAACUCGACUUUGAUCGUCAAUACACCUCAGCUAGACAGCGGCGACGAAGAUGAACAAGAAAGACGAAGGAUCUUUGAGGAAUUCAGUGAUGACAUGAAAGCAGCAAUUCAGAGUGGCUCGUUGGACAAGAUCAAUGAAGUCUUGGGUGCUAUGGCAGUGGAAGAAGCCGAAGCGGUGAGAACACUGAUAUUUGAGACUGAUUGUAUCAUGGCUCAGGAAACAGUCCUAGAUGCCGCGACGGAGCCGCACUGA